AUUCUUUUAUUACUCCGUAAAGAAAGCGUUAUAGCUAAGAUUUCAUGUGUGACGCAUCUUUCUAGAAUAUAAACAGAUCUAAGUCAAACAGAUGUUUGUAAAUAGUUCUGGACGAAAUUGACAGCUAAUAAUUUUUGUUUUUCCUUUAAAAUCCCAGCCUCUAUUUACAGAUAAAUCCUGACAUUGAUUCCAUAAAUGUGAAAAUGCAAGAGGGACUGGAAGUUACCGAUUUCUUAUAACCUUUCUUUCGUUGAGUGCAUGAUUGGUUAUGAGAUGAUUUCUUUGUUUUUUCCACAACUUGUUGCCUUUCACUAUGACAAGUGAAGAAGAGAGGGAGUUUCAGUCUGACAAUGAGGAGGAAGACAAGGGUAGUGAUGAAGAGUACCAAGGACCCCACGACUGGAGGAGAAGGUUGAAGCCUGUCCAGUUCAAAUUCACAGCCGACAAAUCCAAGCCACCAACAUCAGCAACAGUUAAUAGGAGCAGUAGCACGAGAAGGACAUUAGAAGAACUUCGGGAAUCUGAUAAACCAAGGAGAAUCCCCUCCUGGAAAAGACAUUUAAUUGAAAAGAAAAAGAUUACAGUUAAGAGACAUGGAAGUGGAGCAGGGCAGAGUGGCACCAACAUUUACAGGAAGAAAUCUUUUAAUAAGAAUUUGGAGUCGGCAUUCCAACAACAAGUUGUUAAUUCUGCACAAGUCAAAAAGAAAGUGUCUCCUUCAAACUCUUUUAAACAGUCACAGGCCCUGACCAGAAACAGAAUUGCCAAAGUCCUGAGAGCUCGUCUGUAUCUACUUCAACAGUCAGGUCCAAACUCAUUUCUGAUUGGUGGAGAUUCACCUGAUCAUAAAUUCAGGGUCAUCAUAGGACCACAGAACUGUACCUGUGGCAGGGGCCCUCACUGUGUCCAUGUUUUGUUUGUUAUGCUGAGAGUUUUUCAGAUCAGAGAAAGUGAUCCUCGCUUGCUGAGCAAAGUGCUGAAAAACUAUGAGGUGGAAGCUUUGUUCAAAGAAUACCAUGACAAAAUGUCAUCCAGAAUCUCAAUGAAGAAAGAAGUGAAAGUAGCCAAGACACAGAGUAGUUCUGAUCUUCUUUCCCCUGACAUGACACCAGGACAGUCAGAAGUAGAUGGAGAAAGUGUUAAGGAGGAGGAUGACACCUGUCCUAUCUGUCUGUUGGAGAUGUUAGAAGGAGAGAGUCUGCUCAAGUGUGAAAAUGGCUGCCACAAUCGACUGCAUCAUCACUGCAUUUCAGUUUGGUUUGAACUCUGCAGGAGACAGAAUGAUCCACUUAUCUGCCCUCUGUGUAGGGCAGAUUGGAAAAGUAGUGAUAUUGAAAUUAAAGGGAAUCUUGGAGGUGAUACCCAGUUGCCAAUUGUUCCCCCAAACACAAGAGCCCCCUCCCCAGACCGAGCACUGCCCUACACUGAAGGUGUCCCCCCAGAAAGAGACAGACUGCCAUUUGCUGAACCUAUUCCCCAGGAACACAAGGCUCUGGCAGAACCAUGGAUACAGAUGUAUGGUGAAGAUUUGAUGUCCUGCUUCUUCUCUCGUAACUGGUCAAUUCGGGAGUCAGGGAUUCGACAUCUGAGUAGGGAGGCAGUAGGUGUGCUGAUGAAAGGCAUGGGAGAGGGCAAAAGUGGGGUGAUGUUAUCCCCAGAAAAAGCUAGUCACAUCCAUAGAUCUGUAGAAAUCUGCUGCCAGAUCCUGGCCUUCAUGUGUGGGGACCCUGUCUACAGAGUCUAUGUCGCAUGUUUAAAAACACUGCGGACAGUUUUGUCCUAUAUUCCAUGUAGAGAGGACAAGCAGAAGUCUCGCUUGGAGGGAGUCCUAAAACCUAUUGUGGAUGCCAUAAUAAUCAAAUGUACCGAUGGCAAUAGAAGAACUAGUCAAUUGUCCUUGUCUACUCUCGUGGAACUUGCCAAAGGAAGUGAGGGAGAGCUGUGUGUUGGCAGUCAGGUCUCAGGGGCUCAAAGUUUCGACAGCCUGGAUUAUGUGAUAAGAUGUGCUACAGAAGAUUUCGACCCUGAGACAGUUUCAUGGCAGUGGCUUCUGGGAAGACUGUAUUUAUUGGAGAGAUUCUUUGAGGAGUUUCAAAAUGAAUUAUCCCCAAGGAAUCCCCCAGAAGGAAAAUCAGCUGAUGAGGAAUCACUGCUGGGAGCCAAGCCUUCUGAUGGGGGUGCCAUGACCUCACCUGAGAGACUGCUUACUAUUGCACGUUUUGCCAUAAAACUAGUCAAAAAUUCCCACCUCAAAGUCAGCCGCAUGGCAAGAAGGGUUUUCCUGCUGGUGGUUAAAUUCUCCAUUCACUUGGAAUCCAUGAUGGAGGAUUUGCAGGAAAUGUUAUCUGUUCUUGAUGCCACAUCAGUUAAAUCGUUGAAGAAAAGAAUGUCCAGAAUUGCUGAUGAUUUUAAUCUGUCAGAGAAACUGGUUCAUGAAUUGCAUCAUGGGAUAACAAAUAAAAAAAUUCCUCAAGAUGAGACUCCUGAGAAUUCCCCUCACUCCUCACCUGAGUCUACACCCAGAUGUAACUCCCCAGUAUCAGCAUCUCCAGAUCAUCUCAGUGAAGCAAGUAGCACCAGCAAAGGAAAAUCUCUACCUCUUGUCCCUCCUAACACUCCCAUUAGAGCUCGCAGAGAGUGCAAGUAUGAUUCUAAAAAUGAGGAGAGUGUUAAUGGAGAGAUAACAGAGGAAGAAACUAUAUCUGUAACAGAAAAGGUCCUUGAAUGCCUUGAGCCUGCAAAACUAGUCUUAACACCCAGAGAACCACAAGAAGGUGUGAGGAAAAGUCCAUCUCCUAAAGAGCAAACUCCCCCACCUAAAACACCUCCCCCUAUUCCACCUCGACCUCUCUCAAGGAAAGGCAGUUAUGAGAUCUUACAGGUAGGGCCAAUCUUGUCCCCACCCACCCUCCCUCCACACGUGACUGUUCUGCCACCUCCCCCUGAUGUGGUGAAAUGUGCCAGUGAAUCGGCAGAGAGGAAUAAACUAUCCCUGCCCCUGCCAUGCACAACAGAGGACAAGCCCUUCGUAAUGUGUGACUGUGAGAACAAAGAGGGCUGUAAACACAGACCUCUGCCUUCUCCUCAGCCCUUUGAACUACCAAAGAAAUCUUCUUUAUCACUCGACCUACCAAAGAAAGAGCCCUCUCCCCCACCCCUGGAAUCUCAUGAUUUUGAGGCUCAAGGCAGUGCCAGCUUCUCCUCAGAUGAACGGACCCUAUCAUCAGACGACUCACUGGACAGAGUUUGCAGACGUAAGGUGCGACCUCUUGGACAUUUCCCUACAGCAGAACAGGGAGCAACAUCUAGUGAUGAAAUUCUGGAUGUAAGACCCAGAGGCCGAACUCGUCUUGAACAUUCGGUUUCUUUCAAAUCAGAAGUGGCAUCUCCUAAGGAGCCAGUGGUGAAUUUCCUUAAACAAAAACAGGAUGAUGAAUGCCCCUGUAAGGAGGAGGUAGAGAGAGAAGAAGCUCUGGCCCUGGCUAAGGCUAUGGAGGUGUCAGCACUGGAUCCUCCCAAACCAAUUGUUCCUGGCCUCACCCCAACAGAUAGGGAGGAGGUUAUCACUAUCCGGAUACAGCCAGAGAAUGGUGAACGCCACACAGAUUCAAAGGGAAACGGUCCCUCACUUUACCUCGAGAGCGUCCACUGGAUGAAGGGGCCCCUUUUGGGGACUGGGGCCUACAGCACAUGUUACCAAGCUAAGGAUGUCAAGACAGGGGUCCUAAUGGCUGUCAAACAGGUGUCCUUUUGUCGUAAUUCUCGCUCUGAGCAGGAGAGUGUUGUGGAAACCAUAACAGAGGAAAUUAUAAUGAUGACCAAACUGAACCACCCCAAUGUUGUCAGAAUCAUGGGAGCCACCCGCCAUGGCUGCCACUUCAAUAUGUUCGUAGAAUGGAUGCCUGGUGGUUCUAUCUCAUACCUCCUGGGAAUGUAUGGUGCUUUCUCUGAGAAUGUCAUCACUAGCUACACCCUCCAGAUCCUUAGAGGCUUGGCUUAUCUCCAUGAAAACCAUGUUCUCCACAGGGAUCUUAAAGGUGCUAAUCUACUGGUGGACAGCACUGGUCAGAGGUUAAGAAUUGGCGACUUUGGGGCGGCUGCUCGACUGGCCUCUCAGGCUACAGGGGCAGGGGAAUUCCAGGGUCAACUGCUGGGCACCAUAGCCUUCAUGGCUCCAGAGGUUCUGCGAGGUGAGAAUUAUGGAAGAGCCUGUGAUGUCUGGAGUGUGGGCUGUGUUAUCAUUGAGAUGUGUACCACUAAACCACCCUGGAAUGCCAAGGAUAUUUCUAACCAUUUGGCUCUCAUUUUUAAGAUUGCCACCUCCAUGCAGCCCCCUCCGAUCCCAGAGAAUCUCUCUCCCCCGAUCAGGGACAUCCUCCUGCGGUGUCUGGAGCAGCAGAAGAAGGAGCGACCCACAGCCAAGGAACUCCUGGUCCACCCCCUCUUCACUCAGUACAUGACCAGCACCAGCAGUAAAUGCUGAAAUGUUCAAGUAGUCCAUACAAGGCAGCGGGGAUUUUUAAAGACGAGCUCUGUCUACAUGACAGAGUAAUGAAUACAAACAGCAAAAAACACAAGGGAAUUAGAAGCAUGUAUUUAGAUCGAUGCAUUCAAUGGUGCUUGGUAUAAUAGCCAUAUACGUGUAGAUAUAUCUUCACAUUCCUCCCACCUCAACAAUUAGCUCAAGAUUCUGUCUUUCUGUAUUUGUCAUACUUGUAUCUGGGGAGUUUUAUUCCCAUUGAUUUAUAAUUACAUGUACUGUAAAACAACGAAAUAGUUUGGUAUCUGAUAUCCUUGGUGAAAACUUGUCCAUUGUUCAUCAAAUGAUGGUUGGAUUCUGAUAUGUUCAUACAUUUUGUAUGAAGAAUGUAUUUAAAUGUAGAUGAAAGAUAUUCACAUUUUGCAAAAUCUUGCCACAGUGACAUAGUGCACUUGUAAUAUUCACAGCAUUAAUUUUAUGUUUCCGUACUUAUUCUCUAAUGAAAACUUUUAAAGUCAUGUUACUAGCACACGUAGUCAGUCAGGAAUAUGAAUACAUGGAUGUUAUCAAAAAUUAUUAUGUAUGUACAUUCAGAAAUAUAUUUUUCUCUGAUGAUCUUUGCAGUAUUAUUUCCUCCUAGUAUUACCCAGUGCCAACACCCAACUUUUUCAUACCCCCCCCCUCCAAAAAAAUUGUUUCAAAUUCAAAACUGUUGCAUUUAUUGCUGUCAUUGUGUGUGUUUCAAUAGAUUAAAUGUCGUUUAAGUGCUGCAUUUUUCCUUCAUUCCUUGGGGUGUUUUAAUGUUAUUUUUAAUCUUUUGGUAUGUUAUUCAAAGUGCUUUUUUCCUUACCUAUGUAUAUAGCAUUUGACUUUUUUCUUGGCCUGCUUUAGUCAUCAUCUGUUAGCCCUCCAUGGAUGGGGUGUCACUUUUAUUUACUGUAGAUGCCAAAUGUCUCAAUUUGAUAUUAUUUAUUUAGGAGAUAUAUGUACCAUUUUAGCUUUCUACCCAUUUUAUAGCGUGCAUUUAAUGUUGAAUCCAUGUUAAGCUUUACACCUAUCCAAAUAUAUGCUACCAAAUCAGAGAUGUGUUGCUACAAAAUACUUGCUUUUUUAUGUCGUAAAUGUAUUAUUUGUUCAUUUUACUUUGGCAUGGAAAAAGACACUGCAUGUUGCUUCUGUAACAGAAAUAUAUGCUUUAAGUUUACUCUCUUCUUUGCAAGGAACCAAGGGGUGGUUCCGCAUAAUAAAAUUAGCCUCGUGAAAUAGAUUCAGGAGCAACAAUUAAAAAUUAAAUGGUGCUAACUUUGUUUACAUACAUAUUAUGAUAUAAAUUCAUACAAAUCUGCAAUAAAAACAGAGCAUAAUACUUCACUACAAAUAUUUUUUUAGCAUAUUACAUAAAAGGUAUACAUGGAAUAUUGACACUUUUUUUUACACAUGUGACUUUAGAAUACAUGUAUUUAUCUGGUCUCAGAAGUAUUGUCACUUUAUGACCACCAAACAAGGGGAAUAAGUUAUUUCUCUGCACAUUUUUAAUGCUUAUGCAUAAUGAAUCUCUUAUAAUAAGGUUGAUAUUGCUCAUAUAUAAAAUACUGCUACAUUUUAUUGCUCAGUGAGGUCUUCUUUUACAGGUAGCAGUGUUCUUUUCCUUGUUCCAUUUUUUUCCUGCUUGCUUUAAGUGUUUAACUGGAAAGGAGAAAAUGUUACACUUAUUUUUCUUUUUGUAAAUAUUUUUUAGCAAUAGUGAUGUUGUAAUAGUGUGGUGCUGAUAUAGUGAUUCUUACUCUGUGCUUUCUCUGUCUCUUUCCAUAGCCGGUGCUUAAUGCUUUAAAAUGUUGAAGAUGGAAAAAAAAACAUAUUCCAAUAAAAAAAAAAUUGUCUACCUCUCUCUGUUGAAAAAACUUGAAAUAUGCACAUGUGAUUGAACGCCAGAAAUGAAAAAAUGAAAAUGUAUGUAUUGUUUUUAUACCUUAAUUGAAAUUUCAAAACAAUAGUGGCAAAGUGCCUUUUUAAUAAUGGCUUCUGUUGAUAUUUUUGGAGACAGUAUUUUAAUAUUGUGAUAGCAGGGUUGUGAUUUGUGUACAUAUCACUUGUACCAACCGUGACUUAAACUUUGAUUUGGUUCACAAAUCUAGCUCAGAUAUUGAAAUGGCUAUGGAUUUGUUUUUUUUUAAUUCUCUGUUAAAAGUAAAAUGGAAAUUUUGUACUUAAUUUCUAUCUUUUCUUUCCAUUUUUCUUAUAAGUUAUAAGUUUCAGUAAAAUAACAAGCAAAAUGUACAUGUUUAUAGUUGAAAAUGUUAACUUUAUUAGACAUACCAUUAUAAUGUUUAUAAUAUAUAAUAUAAUGAAUGUAUACAUAUUUUCAUUACUUAUUUCAAACAAUUCAAAUAUGAGUGCUUUGGCAAGCCAAACACAUAUUGAAAUUACAUGUUAUUGAUUUUAAUUGCAUCGUACAUUGUACCUUCCAAAAUAAUUUGAGUAAUGGCGUAGACAUUUAUAUAUUUUAUAAAUAUGUACAUAUUUUUUGUAAACAGUGUGUUGCAUUUAUAGAUGUACUUCUUGUAGUUUCUACAAAUACAUGGAUUUUUCCUCUAGAGAAUGAUAAUAUAUAUAUAUAACGAAGGAAUUACCAAAGGUAUAUUCAUUUUCAAUUAUGUCAUAAUUUUGGCUGAAUUUUAUAUCAUGCCUUGUUACAAAGGAGAUGUCUUAUAAUAAUGGAUCAUUUUAGCAAUAUGGAUACUAGUCAUUUUAAUAUCAUUUUGUUUUGUUACUUAAUAUCUUGUUACUUGUUAAUUAUUUAUACAUGUAGAUGAAAAAUAUCACAUUUUUUAGCUGUCCUGUGACAAAAAAUAGUAAUGAAACAAAAAAGUCUCUCAUACUUCUGGCAAUAUUUCAUUAAGGAUUUAUUGUAAACAACAAAAAUAAGGUAUCUGUUGAUGUCAGGUUUGACUCUAUUAAAAACUAUAAGAUAUUUUAUCACAAUUUCUAUUUUUAAAAACAUUAGGUUAAGUUAAAAUAUUUUCUUGUUAGGUUAACUGUGACAUUCCAGAGAAUUUUUUUUUCUGUGUAAUGGUAUUUUGUAGUUCUUUACUUAUCACAUUUGUGUGUUUGAUGUUUCUCAAGUACAUUGUAAUUGCAGUCAGCUUUUCUGUUUUUAGGGUGAACUGAUAUUGAUGUCAUAUCAAUGAAAUAUUUUAAAAAUACCUGUUUUAGAAACAUGCAUAUCCAAAUAAUUAUAUCAAUGAAAUAGAUCUAAUCAUGAUUACAAUAUUUAGAUAUCCUUUUUUUCAUCUUUUUUAAAGAAUAGACAUUAUAUUGUAUCUUCAAAGCAGUAAUUUUGAUAAUUUUCCAGGUACAUUUUUAUUGAUUUUUUAAUAUAAAUCUUAUGCUUCAAGAUAUAUGAUUAAGGAGUAGGUCAACUUUUCUUGUCUUGGUGUUGUAGUCAUGGUGAUUAUGUCAUUAUUUUAUGUUUUACUGUAGUAUGCUUUGGACAGUUUUCUGUUUUUGUUUUAAGUGCUAAUAUCUGAAUAAAAUUUUCUUAGUGGCCAA